ACAGCCCUGACGAUUUCUAUGGACAUUUCUUACUAGAGUUCAUCUGGAACAAAGCAAGCCAUACAGGAGCGGAGGCCACAUUGUCUCAUCCGAGGACUACCCAGAGCUCUGCACAUUCUGUCAAGUCAACUUUGUUGUGGCAGAUUGCUAACUGCAAGUAAUGCACCAUUGGGCUUCGCCGUCGAACCCAGUGAAAAGAUGGAAGCCCGUUCACCUUAAAAUGACCCUCGGACUGCCAGUCUGGGCGACCGAAGCUGUCGGGAUCAACUUCAACGGACUAGUGGAACUGCUCUCACUUCCGCGUCAGCUGCGCGCCCAGAAUGCCUACACUUCCAAGAACGUCAUCAUCGUUGACAGCCUCCUGGUAGCGAUACCCCCGAUCGAGCGCAACUUUAGUGACGGGGCGGACCUUGAUUGGGCAAGGGUUGCGGCGGCAAAUUACAGUCUCGCAGUCCAGUGGAGACCUACUCCCAAGAAACAGGAUUGGCUGAAUAACUUUCUCAAGAAUAGCCUUACGAUCGCGGCGGGCUUCAUUCCAGGUAUUGGACCUCUCGCGGCGAUUGCGUUCCCAGUUGCUUGGACGGCCAUUUCGGAUUCGGACAGCUCCGUGGACACAACGCGCAACAUAAUGCCCGGGUACUGCGGUCUCUGCGGAUGAGAGCGACUGGAAGAAGCUAGUAGGCGAUGUAAGGGACGUGGCCAAAACUGUUACAUCCAGGCUGCCUAGUGUACCCGGACUUGGGUUGGGCGGUAUUGCUAGCCAGAAAAACGACACGACAGAUGGCCCGACAAUCAAUGAAGCGCCUGUCGAUGAUUUUGAAUGGAGCGAGGAUUGUUUGACAGCUCUCUUCAACGGUGACAUUGUAAUCAAGGGUAAGGCUUGAAGUACCUUGGGAGGCUUUCUACAACGUGACUUUUUGUGUAGUUUGACA